AAUGUAGCGUCAAAUAUGCGUUGGACUGAGUGAAUUUCAGAGAAAGGGAGGAGAAAGAAGGGAGAUGUGAGACGGUGGUACAGUAGCAACCUAGCUAACUGUAGUUCUCGAAUUUUCGGUCUUCAGGCAAUUUCAGAGAUGGCAGAAGCUCACCAGGCCGUGGCCUUCCAGUUCACCAUCACACCGGAGGGCAUCGACCUGCAGUUGUCCCAUGAGGCUCUAAGGCAGGUGUACCUCUCUGGGCUGCGCUCCUGGAAGAAGAGAUUCAUCCGCAUGAAGAAUAGUGUGAUCACAGGAGUUUACCCUGCUAGCCCCUCCUCUUGGCUAUUUGUGGUCAUCGCAAUCCUAGCCACCAUGUACACUCGCUCAGACCCCUCCAUGGGCCUGAUAGCUAAAAUACAAGAGCACCUACCAGUCAGUCAGUCUCUCAGUGCGCAGUGCCAGACGGUGGUGUCAGCGGUGCUCUUCAGCACGCUGCUCUGGCUGUCUCUCAUCUUCACCAUGCGCCUGUGCCUGAAGCAGCUCCUCUCCUACCACGGCUGGAUGUUUGAGCAGCACGGCAAGAUAUCAAACACCACCAAAGUCUGGGUGGCAUUGGUGCGCAUCUUCUCAGGCAGACAGCCCUUGCUCUACAGUUACCAGGGGUCUCUUCCAAACCUGCCUGUCCCUGCCGUUAAAGACACAAUCAAACGGUACCUGGAGUCUGUGCGGCCUUUAAUGAGCGAGAGCGAGUUUGAGCGCAUGUCUACGCUGGCUACGGAGUUCGAAGGUGGCCUGGGGAACCGGCUGCAGUGGUACCUCAAGCUCAAAGCACUCUGGGCUGCCAAUUAUGUGAGUGACUGGUGGGAGGAGUAUAUCUACCUCAGAGGGCGAAGUCCCAUUAUGGUCAACAGCAACUACUAUGGCAUGGACUUCCUGUAUGUGACACCCACCCCCAUCCAGGCAGCUAGAGCUGGGAACACCAUUCAGGCCUUCCUGCUCUACCGGAGAAAGCUCAACCGAGAGGAGAUGAAGCCUAGUCGUGUCCCAGGCACUGUCAUUCCUCUGUGUGCCGCUCAGUGUGAGAGGAUGUUCAACACCACACGCAUUCCAGGAGAAGAGACUGACACCGUACAGCACUGGCAGGACAGCGACUAUGUGGCAGUGUACCACAGGGGGCGCUACUUCCGAUUAUGGGUAUACAAGGCAGGCAGGAUGCUGACCUCGCGAGAGAUCGAGCUCCAGAUCCAGAAGAUCUUGGAUGACUCCUCCUCCCCUUUGCCUGGAGAGGACAAGCUGGGGGCUCUGACUGCAGGAGACAGAGUGCCAUGGGCGAAGGUUCGAAAGCAGUUUUUCAGCACUGGAGUCAACAAGCGAUCGCUGGACUGUAUCGAGAAAGCUGCUUUCUUUGUCACCCUGGAUGACGAUGAGCAAGGAAUGAUGGGAGAUGAUCCAGCUGCCAGCCUGGAUCGCUAUGCUAAGUCCCUUCUCCAUGGGAAGUGUUAUGACAGGUGGUUUGAUAAGUCCUUCUCUGUGGUGGUGUAUAAGAAUGGAAAGAAUGGCCUGAACGCGGAACACUCGUGGGCCGACGCUCCGGUCGUGGCACACCUGUGGGAGUUUGUUUUGGCCACUGACAGUUUCCAGCUGGGUUAUGAUGAAGAGGGCCACUGCAAGGGUGAUGUGGACCCAAAGUUACCCCAACCACAGAGACUGUCCUGGGAGAUUCCCCCAGAGUGUGAAGAGGUGGUGAGCCAGUCUUUGGCGGUGGCCCAGGCUCUGGCUGACGACGUGGACUUCCACGUUUUCUCCUUCAGCGACUUUGGAAAAGGAAAAAUUAAAAAGUGCAGAAUUAGUCCAGAUGCCUUUAUUCAGCUUGCUCUGCAGCUGGCUUAUUACAGGGACAGAGGGCUUUUUUGUCUGACGUACGAGGCCUCUAUGACUCGCCUGUUCAGAGAAGGGAGAACGGAGACCGUGCGGUCCUGCACCAACGAGAGCUGUGCCUUUGUGAAAGCGCUCGAGAGUGGAGAGGAUGAAGACCUUUGCAGACGCCUGCUUCGACUGGCUACGGACAAGCACCAGAAUCUGUACCGAAUGGCAAUGACAGGGGCAGGGAUAGACAGACACCUCUUCUGCCUUUACGUGGUCUCUAAGUACCUGGGACUGGAGUCACCUUUCCUGAAAGAGGUGCUGUCAGAGCCUUGGCGCUUGUCCACCAGUCAGACUCCAGUUCAGCAGGUUGAGCUCUUUGACCUGGUCAACCACCCAGAGUACAUUUCCUGUGGCGGGGGCUUUGGUCCGGUGGCUGAUGAUGGUUAUGGCGUGUCCUAUAUUAUAGUGGGGGAAAACAUGAUCAACUUCCACGUCUCCUGCAAGCACUCCUGUGCACAGACUGACUCUCACAGGUAUGGUGCUCAUAUCAGACAGGCUCUGCUGGACUUGCUGCUCCUGGGAGAACCAGGUAGACCGGGAAAGGCACAGGCCAAGAAAGACCUGUAGACACGCGAAUGGGCGAGUGUGGAAAGUGAAACGGGAUUGGGUAGGGAAAUGGUUAGAAAAGAUAGUACUGCAGCACAAAUAAGUGAAUGGGGGGGGUGAAGCACACAAUGGAAAAAGCAAACUCUUCUAUGUGAAAAUGGGAAGUGCAACUUGUAGUAGGAGGAAAUGGAACCUCAGAAAGACGAUAGAGAAAUAAGAAAUUGAGGGAACCAAAAGCCAAAAAAGGCUUUUUUUGAUGAGGGUUAGUAGGACAGAAAGCAAAAGGGAAGCAUAGAGAUUUGCAUCUUACCAUUUCAAGGUGAAUGUUCUCAAAAAAUGGCCAGGUUUUGGCCGCAACAUUUGGAAAGCAGUUCAAUGCAAAACCCAGACCAAACCUCUUGCUAUAACUAAGGCAUUCUGGUGAAUUUUGAGCACUUACUGAUAUAGCAUAAAAAGUGUGGACAUUUACACUUAAUUAUGUUGUUGAUUUUGUAGCUUAUUCCAUAUUUAUUUGUUUUCACAUUUUUGCUUACACUGCUACAGAAAUUAUAUAUGCCGUUGAAAUUGGAAGCUGGAUUUUCAAAUUAUUGCUAAAAAUGUGUAUAAUGCAAUACAGCUCAGUUAAGUAUGGAAUAGUACAGUACUAUGUAUGUGCUGUAUUUCAGCUUUUCUAUUUCCGUGUUUCUAUAUAUUAUACACUGACACACUGCUUUACUAGACUGUACUCAAAUGUGGCUAUCCGUGUAACGCUUGUGAUGGUACUGUCAUGUAAUGACACCAGAGAGCACCAGAGCAUGAAUGUGUUACACUGUAUUUUAUCUGGAGCAAAUGCAGUGAAAUGGCCUGGUCUGUACACCCCUCUGAUAGGUCAUUAUCCGCACAUUGUAAGCUAAGUCGCACAUUGGCUAUUCCUGGAUAUUAUUUUAGCCUGCAGAUCAGUGGCAGAGCUGGCUAGGGCCAGUUGGUUAGGAGAAUUCAAAACGACAGAUUUUGAACAGAAAAUUAGUUAUUUGUUACAGGGUUAUUUUUUCACAUUUCCUUUACUAAACACUGCAGUAUUUUGCCUUUGAUGCAUUUAUUAUGUUAACUUUCAUUUCAAGUGAAAACAAGUAUGCAACUACAUGCUUAUUUUUGUAAUAUACAGUUUAGCCCCACACUUUACUUGGAACAUUAGCAGUGAAACCUCAGAGAUAGAAAUCAUUUCGGACUGGGGGUCAUUUGGAACUCUGAGCAGUUUGAAAUUGCACCCGAUUUAAUUUUAAUAUCGUAUAUUCAAGUGCUUACUUGUAUUACUGUUGCUAAUUUUAUCCAUUAACAACAAAUAAUCAAACUAAUAUAGACAGGGAUGUCAUGGGAAUAUAUUUUUGUCAGCUUUCUGAAUAAUAAUAACAGGUCCAUUACUGACCCCUGCUUAGCGUAAUGAAUGUAGCCAGUAUGUGUUGAUUAGAGGAACCGAACUAUUGAACAAGAAAUGCGCUAAAAGGCAGUGGAGCGCAUUUAAAGAAAGCGAUGGCUGGUUCUUCCCUUCAUAAGACAUGAGGUCAGUAAAGAAACGUAAGGGGAGCAGUGAUCUGCGGAUGUGCAUUCUCUGUCAAGCGCAACUGAAACUGCCUCUAGCACUUAAUGAAUAAACGCCUGUGUCAGUGAGAAACACACAGAAGUGUGUCAACGUGAAACAGAAGGUACCAUUGCUUUUGUUUCAUUAUGCCGGGCCCUCAGAGACUUGUUACAAGUGCACUGAUUUUAGAUGAACCUUACAUAAAGUUAUAGAGGAAGAAGUGUGUGUGUGUUUUUUUUUAUCCGUGGAAAGUGUUACUCAUUCAUGUUCAAAUGGUCACUUUUCUGCAUCAGCGACAACCACAAAGAAUCUGCGUUGUGUAAUACGGAGCUUGAAAUGGCAUAACUGCAUGUGCUGCUUCUGCUUUUGUACCGUGUUUGGUUGACUGGUCAGUCUGUAACAGGUUUAUAUCUCUGAGGUUCCUCUGUAUUGGUUCUAGUCAACAAUCACAAAUAAAAAUAAUGACAUUUUAUCAUCAGUACAGGUGAACAUCUUGAAACAUUUGCCAUCAAUGCAUUUCACAUGCUGUACAUUUUAGGAACGAUUUACAAUUACCUGACUGGUGAACAGUGACUGAAAAGUGAAGUUAAGUGUCUUCAAAAUGCGCACGUGCCAGUGACAUAUUUCUGUCCUACCACUCUUUAUUUAAGGAAUUUUGUUUUGAAGAAAAAAAAAAACAUGCCAUUAGAAUAACACGUUAAGACUUAUUUGGCCUGUGUCAGAUAGAUGAUGCAUAUUAAAUACAGAGAGCUAAGGAAAUAUUAGUGUUUAAUUUACAGCUGUCAGGACUGCUGUGGUUUUCACACCUGUACAUUAUAAGCAAAAGCAUGAGCUUCCGUGCUUGGCCAUGCUUGUGACAGUCUACGAGUGUUUGCUCAUAUUGUUUAUUGGAAGUCAAGAAGUUCAUGUAUUCUCUGGACCGUUGUAUAGACCUACCUGCUUUUUACAGAGGUCAAAUCCGAAUAUAUUUGCCAAAUGUGAGAGCAAGAGCAGUGCAUGCCAAUUGUUGGUGCUAUAAUGCAUGAGGUUGGGAUUGCCCUGUAGUCUUAAUCGCCCUUGAUCGUACAAAGAUGAUUGCCAACUUAUUGACAGCCAAAAGGCAUUUUCCCCAAACUUGAAUCUGGCUUUUCCUUUUCCCUAUUCUGAUGUAAAAUAAAUAAAUAAUAUGAUGAAAAUGUGCUAUGAUAUUGAAGGGGUGUCCAGCUAAUGAGAAAGUAUACAUGCCUUUGUUGAGAUUUUGUGUAGAAGUCACAUUAAUUCCUGAGCUUCCUUGAUCGCAUCACACCGUUAACAUCCUCAAGCAUUCUGGCUUUACUGUAAACUCCAUGGACAUCAGGGUUGCGAGCUUGCAUCAGAACUAAUAUGGCAGGUGAUUUGACCCUUCUUAAAUGCGUCCUUUUGAUAUAAAUGUAACAUGUCCCCCGAACCACUGAUGAUCAUCCUAGGGGUAAUGAAGCUGCCAAUAGAUUAGCAACUUAAGAAAUACCAGGAGAAUUGAAAUCCUGUUUUUCAGCUUCCUCCAACUGCAUUUCAACCUCCAUCCAGCAAAUUAUUAAUUUUACAAUUGUAUUUAAUUAAUAAUGACAGUAUUUUUUAAAGUAAUAUCAAUAACUGGCUCUCAUUUGUAAUGUUCGUACACAAACAUGGCACAUGAGGGGGAACAGACUUUUAAAGUACCACACAUGGAUAACUCUGUAAUGCAUUUAAUGUUGACUGGACAUUUAUUAACUGUAUCUUGGUAUUGUACUGCCUGUGUAUUUUCAGUACAGCUUUGUGUACAUAACAUAGCAUUUAUAUAUAAACCCAAAGUUAUUUAGUUAAAGCAGAUUUGUUUAGAUGAUUACUGAUAAAUUCAGACAGGCUAGUGAUUUUUUAGGCUUGAUUAGUUUGCAAAGCUGUCAGAGUGGGGGGGAAAUUAAUAAAUUAAUAAUGGUAUUUGAGGAGUGGGAAUAUAUUCAGAUAUGAGAAUUUAUAUCCAACCGCAAUUAAUAAAAAUAACAAACCAAUACAUUUACAUUCAUUCUUAUUAUUCAUGUUGGGCCUGACAUGAUCCACAGCCAGUGGGGUUUUAAUGGAUAUUAUUAAUUUGCAUGGCUAAAAACACAUGGAUAUUAACAUUUGAAUUAUUGUUCCUUGUAUGUUCUAAGUGUUCUCAUUAUUCUUUUAUGAACAUUUGAGAUUUGGUCAACCACUGGAUACCAGCCAUAUAUAUUAGUAAUAAAUCUAGGCAAACUAUCAAUGCAUGUUACAUUCGUUCAGGUAUAAUUGAUUCCCCCUUGUAUUCCAGCAGCUACAUGUUUUCACUCAGUGGGUUUAUAUGAUGCUUGAAAAAGUUGAUUUAUUGUAUUCGUCCGGCUAAAACUGGACUUUUAGAAAUCAUGUUAACACUGUAGUCCUACUGAAAUCGUACCAAGUCGAAUUUGUCGGACUAACAUACCUAGAUAAUGCGUUUGGGGGUCGAUUUACUACGGCAUGUAUACGCUUCAAUAGGCCAAAAAUUGGCCUAGGCGUUCUGCGCAUGUUCUGUAAUUUACAUAGCAACUACUGUGGCCAAGCGUAAUCGAUAGCGUUUCAGAAAAUAUAUAACUUUAAAAGAUUUAAUUCAAUCUUCUACUGGGACUUUUGCCGUUUAUUGAGGGCGUGACAGAAAAUUUUGGUGCCGCUGACUAUAAUCAAAUGUUUUUUUUCACAUUUACCGUUCGAUUGAGCAAGUAGUCUACCAUUCAAAGUAGGCUACAUUUUUAUGGGUUAGUGAUGUCCGAUUGUGCUAGCUACUUCAUGUUAACCUUGUACGACGAUCAAUAAAGGCUAACAGCACAGUACCACUUAAUUAUUGUCACUUCUAUCACCACUGUAAUGAACUAAAAAAAAAAAGGCGACAAACUACCUUUUCUGUGAGAAAUGCAUUGUCGAGCUCACGCGCAUACACCGCGGGCGACAUUCUAGCUCCGUUUUGCCCUCCCUAGUAACAUGGUGAAAAAAACACAUUUCUGGACGGACGAGGAGACCAACUUCAUGCUAUCGCAACUAAAGGAGUUAAAGAUCCUAAAAUAAAAAUACAUGGAUGGAAGUAAAACGCACCUCUGGUCUAUAAAUCAAACCUUUCCGAGUCAUGUAUAUUGGGACAACGACAAUAAUCCAAUUAAAUCUGAUCUUUGGCCAAAUCGAGCUAUUAAUAUAGAUCGAUUUCAACUGUGCAUGUAAACGCACUGACAGAGUAAAAUAAAAAUCUACUGCGAAAUACUAUACUGAAACUAAGUGACUGUAAACUUGGUAAUUUGUAAUAGUUGUAGAAGCACUUCUUGCUUGUUCAAACUUGAUACAUACCAGAGGAAAAUGUAUGUUAUGAAAAAACUCAUUUUUCAUAAAAUGUCUUCAAUUAAUAAACGGUGAUAAUUUUUCUUCAUGUAUAGACAGCAUGUUUGAACUAAAGGGCUGUGUGUUAUCACUCUUCCUGUUUUGAACUAUACUAUUGCAAAAUACUUACCAUUGGAACCAGUGUUUCAACACAUCCUAAUACGUACUGGCUAGGGGGGAACUGUGGGUUAACACCAUUGCAAAGGUCAGGUCACUUCACUGCAAAACUGUAAACUCAAAAUGUAAAGUGUGCAAGCUUGGAUAGUUGUUUAUGUUAAUUUGAUUUUCUGUAUUAUGAAAUGGACACAAAACAAUGCAAGCUUCUAGUUGUAAAUGUAAUAACCAAGCAAUUAUGCUGGGUCUGGAGAUCUGUUUAACUCUUUUCUGUACUUCAUUCUACCUCUAACUUUUGAGCAGUUCAUACGUAAGACUGGCAACUCAAUAGGUUUAUGUAUUUUCUGAAGAAAAAUGUGAAAUUUUGGGACUUGUCUGCCAAGAUUAUACUUGUAAAAUCCCGAUGACUCUGAUAAUAUCUGAACCAAUCGGAGAUGCAGAGUACAUGGAGGGUAGCACUCCUGUGCAUAUUAUUUUAGUUAAAAUUGGACCAGUGUGAGGAAAGCCAGAAUCCUGUUAGACAACAUAACAGAAAAUAAAUUAUCUAGAUAUUCUCACAAUGUCCCAAUUCUUGGGUUGAGAAUAUUAUAUAAAUUGGCUGUCCUUUCUUUUUAUGGUAGACAAUCAAUCCAUCUGUUCCAGUGUUUAUUUUGUUAUAUUUGCUAAAACUCGGUUAACAGGACCUGUUGGUACUGUACUCGGAUAGGUUUCUUGCAAAGAUGCUGCUGCUGCUUUGUCCUUACAAAUUGGCAGUCCAUGGAGUUGUUGGCUAAGUGUGCUAUUAGCAAUUAUUUCAGUCCAGCCAUCCGCAGUAUGUCUACUACUUGAAAAAUAUCACAUCCUUCACUUGUUGUUUGUCCAUUUGUUUAACAUUCUUCUUCUCUGUUCUUAUUUAAGUGCACAUAUAAAUGCAUUGCUGUCUCCAGGCCAGCUUUCGUACAGUUGUCUGCACUGUAAACCAUUUUAAUCUGCAUUUUUUGUAAAACUACAAGGAAAAAACGAAUAUGAAUUUGCUUUUUCAAAUAAAGAAAAUACAAGAUUCCA